CAGGCACAUCUUUGAGCGCAUUUCUGCAGAGCCACGAAUUACGAUCACUGAGGGCAGCUGGUGGUACAUGUAUUUCCCAGAUCUUCUUCACCUAAACACAUGCGCGUUUGAUUGCCGACGGAACUCUGCUGUAACUUUGGCGUGACCAAAAGGUAUCAAAACGCAAGGAAAUGGACCGCGCCAACGGAAUCCCGCUUCGCACGGCCAUCGUUCCCACACGUCGCACUCGCCGCACUCGUCUAGUUGCGCAUCCACAUCAAAACGCCUCCUAUCACGAUUCCGUCGCCCCAGGGACCUUCAUUAUGCUCAGUGUGGAUCUUGGCCAAGGAUUUUGCUCGAUGUCCCUUGAAGACUCCAAGGCCCUCAUCGAGCAGCUGAACGGCUCCCUGCUGCAUCCUUACUGCGGGCAGUUCUCCGUGGUCAGUCUCGUGGACGCAAAGUUAGAAGGCGGUUGUAAGAUGGUGACACAAGCGCAUGAUUUGCCGGGUUUUGCUGAUUAUCUCCGUGUUCAAGUGUUCCGCAGAAUCAAGUAUUUGCUGGACCACGCUCCAGCAGCUGUUGACGUCACGGUGAAGGGGCUGCCGGUUGAGUUGAUGCAGGAGAUCUUCUCCCACCUGGACACUGUAAAGCAGAAGCAGCUGCAAAGAGUGUGCGCCCUGUGGAACCGGAUCCUGGUUGCGCCAGCGCUGCGUGGUACGAUCGUCAUUCGAAGCAACGGACUGACCACAUCGGUCCUCGGCUUCAUGACGGUAAUUCGCUGCUUACAUCCCUCCACACAACGCCUUAUCCUGACAUCUUUCGAGCACGGGCAAUGCAGCACCAACUACGUGAUGAUGUUCCUGGGCAAGGUCUUUUUUCCGCGCUGUUACGGGUGA